AUGGCGCCUAAAUACUGGCUCAUGAAAGCCGAACCCGAUUCGCGCAUUGUCAAAGGCAAGGAUGUCAAGUUUAGUGUAGAUGAUUUUGAAGCGGUAAGAUCCACUCCCUGGGAGGGGGUGCGCAAUGCGGAAGCACGGAAUUUAAUGAAGGAGAUGAAGAUGGGUGACAGGGUGCUAUUUUAUCAUUCCAACUGUAAGAUCCCAGGCAUUGCCGCCUUCGCUGAGGUAGAUUCACACCCAUACUAUGAUCCUAAAACCGAACAAGAAAGUCCGAAGUGGUACAUGGUUGACGUGACGUUUGUCGCGAGAACAACUCACUUCAUUCAACUCGCGCUCUUGCGUCAAAUAGCAGCCACUUCCGGAGACGAGCCGCCAACUGAAAUAUCCUACAUUGGUGCUGACGGAGUACAUGCCAUCAAGCAGAUGGCGCUGGUGACGCGAGGGCGGCUCAGCGUGCAGCGUGUUGAAGAAAAGACGUGGGACGUAGUCUCGAUGCUUGCGGAGAAGGGCGGGUGGAACGAAGUGGAUAUAAAGGAUGGGGCAGCGAAGAGAAGAAUUGCGUCUCGGGCCGGAAAAUCACGGAAGAUACGCGUUGUAAAAGGCCGAGGAAAGAAGGUUGAAGCUUCAGAAAACGAGGUGGAGAGUGAUGAAGAUGGAGAUGAGAUUGAAACAGAAAGGGAAGCUCCUGCAGGAGAGGAGGAAGGUAGCAGCAGUGUUGCAAAGCCAGCUCACAGGAAGCGCAAAGUAAUGGACACAGAUCAGGACGACCAGACGGGCACAAGUCUACGACGGUCAACACGCGCCAGGAAAAAGUGA